UUACUUGAUCAAAGUAAAGACAUUCUUUAUUGUGGCGAUAUUAAGCUACUCCAUGCGGAAUAUCGCAGUUAUUUUAAUGUCACAUGUUAUCAAAAUCUUUAGACACUGCAAAAGUGUUAAAUUUUACAGGAAUACGUUUUCUGAAAAGUUUGCUGGAAAUUGUUAAAUGUGAAUAAAAGAUGGAAUAAAGCAUUGGAUUUCCAGCGGCACAUAUAAAACUUAUCAUGCACGUGAAAGAGUUGAAUUUCAAGGUCAAUUUAACUUAUGGGGAUGAUAGCAUUCAAGAUGAUGGGAUAGACCACUUGUUGCAGCUUAUGUUUAUAUUCUGGGGCGUCAUUAUGCCAAUCAUCGGCGUCAUUGGAGUCUUUGGGAACAUUUUAACCGGAAUUGUUUUAUUCCGACGAGAAAUGAGAUCUACAACAGUCUAUUUCUUGAGAACAUUACUAAUAACGGAUACUGGAAUAAUUGUUGGUGCAAUCAUGGGAGUAUCAGUAAUUUCAAUUACACAGUUGGAUUCUAAAGAAUUGUUAUUCACUGAUGUGAUUUACCCGCAUAUUUUUACACCAAUAAACUACUUUGUGAUGGCUCUACAAACGUUGAAUGUAUGGACAACUGUUGCCGUCACCGUGGAACGUUAUAUCGCCAUUUGUUUUCCGUUUAAAUCAAUAGAAAUAUGUAACAGACGUAACGCCUAUAUUAUGAUUGGUAUCACAACACUGUUAUCGGUCGUUUAUAACAUUCCGAGGUGUUUCGCUACAGGACUUACUACAUGUGGUGAUCGUUGUUAUAUGGUCAUAACUACAGAUUUUGGCAAAACCAAUUUUUAUACAACUGUUUAUAGCGAAUGGCUGUACACAAUUCUUAUCUAUGUUAUCCCUCUUCUAAUGUUAGGGGUUUUAAAUACUCUACUUAUUACAGAACUGAUGCGCAUGCGUAAAAGAAGAAGUGUUACAAAUAGUAAAGAAAACACAGAGUUUAAUUUAAGUAUUGUGCUAGUUAUAAUUGUAGUGGUAUUUAUCAUUUGUCAAACUCCUGGAUUAGUGGCACAAUUUCAUUUUCUGGACGCAGAAGUUUUGAUGAAAUGGACAUGUGUGAGUAAUACUUUGUUUGUGUUGAAUUCGUCUGUAAAUUUUGCUAUUUAUACCGCGGUUGGAAAGAAAUUCAGAACGCUUCUUUUAAAAACAUUUAAAAAGUGUCUUUGUGGUCCUGGAGAUUCCUCGAAUACAGACAGAGAACUAACUACAUUAACAACAAUAAAAGACACAUAUGGAACGCGCGUAACAACUGAUGAACUAACUGCUUUAAAAAACGAUGAUUUAUAGUUUUAUGUCGGGUACAAGAAACAAUAAGUAUAAAUGUAAUAUACAUGAUAGAAAACUUUCCCUCUCCAUUGAUCAUACAUUUUUUCAAAUAUCCAAAUGUCUUUCAUUACUUAUACCGUCUGUUUAUUCAGAAUUAUUGCGUCGUUCCUAAACAUUCUCUGAAUGUCGCUAUAAUAGUCCCAGAGUAUAGUUUGGACACGAACCAAAAUAUGAUUGUAAUAAAUAAUUUAUCAUGGAGUAAUAAUACGAAUAUUGUCCCGCUGAGCAGAUCGUAUAACAUUUAUUAUUGCAGAUCCCAGAUCUUACUGUUGGUCUUAUGCGAUUUUAAUUGAUAUUACAUUUUCGUAAUGGCUAGACCUCGCAGACAAACACAUUUUAUGAUUUAAUUGCAUGAAAGCUUCAUUGAUUCAUUAAAACUCCAAGUCAAUACGAAAAAUAUUCUUUGAUGGUAAAAUAAGACAGGUUAUAAUCUCAAGGACUUUGAAAACGCCCCAUCUAUGCAUUUGAAGGAUUUGAUACAGGAAUAUUUAUGAAAUAGGGUAUAAAGGUGGUAAUGUGUGUUUACCGCUCAUAGAACUCAUAUUCGGGUAGGUUUUAUUAGGAUAUAUAGAGAUUCCGUUGUCGUCACCGGAUAAGAAUAUCCGUUUAAAUAGUUACAACGUUAUAAAUGAAUUGACCAAUUUGGAUAAACUGACUUUCAUGUUGCAACACGCCAAACGCGGAAUCUUAGAGCCACAGCCUAAAAUUUGGCAUUUUAGGAAUAAAUUCACGUAAACAAUAUGCUCGUAUUUAAUAUCAAUAACCAAACAGUACUUUUUUACUGUACACGUAUUGUUUUGCUUUAAAUGUAACUAUUUCACGUUAAGAAUUAUCAAAAUAUAAUAAGCAGAGUUACAUUAGGGACGACAGAAAUCAGAACCAAUAUUUUUUAUUGAAGACAUCCUUGAACGUUGUUCACAUGCCUUACAACCACGGAAAUGAUAUCAUAGAUAUGUUUACCCAAUUAUGUCUGAAAGAUGUUUUUUAUUUUCUAUAUCUAAUCAACAAAUCAAAUCUCAUUAACACAAGCGUGAGAGUUUCUGAGGAAAUCAGAAUAUACUGGAGUAGAGCACGAAUAGGCGAUUGUUUAAACGAUUAAUGUUGUUGUUAUUUUUUAUAUCAUUGAUCCCGUUGAUGUUGUUCUUCUUCUUAUUUGUUUGAACCUGUGAUACGGUGGCUGCGCACAAGGUUAAUAUUGGUCUUCCUUUCUUACAGCUUGAAUUACGUGCGAUUUCUCCAAGUUUAACAUCAACACAAUUAAAUAGGAUAUAAAGAAAAUAAAUUCAUAUUUUGUAAUCCAACAUUCUUACUUGCAAUGUCCAAACAGCUUGGUCAGGAUGGAAUAUAUAAAUAUAUGCAUUUUGU